GGUUUCAACGUUUUCAUUCACCGUUUAUGUUUGUAGUUUCGCUGACUUCGCGCGUAGAUGAAAACGUAAAAUGUAUGUUCCUUGUGAAGUUAUUCAAUGUGGAUAUGAUAUAAAAAUAUUUUUUAUGUUUUUAUAAUGGCUCUUUCACAGUAUAUUAAUUAUUUAUGUUGUCUCAUCAUUUAUUAAGGUGAACUGGGCUUAUGAAAUUUUAUGUCGUAUGAGAUACGAAAUGGAAGAUUACAAUCAUGAUUUAUAUAAGCAUGAAGGGAACUUCUGCAAAUAUUCUUAUUCCUCAUGGUGCUCGAUGUGCGAAGGCAAUUCGCCAAGAAGGCGAUCGAGGAGUGAAACUCUGGAGCUGUGUCAGAGGAAAAACAGGGAAAUGAAAUCUCUAACCCCAAAAAAGUAUAAUCGCAGUCAGGAAUAUGAGAAUAUGGAAUUUGAAUAUGAAAGCAGAGGACAGUGGCAAGAAAAAGAUAUGAGAUACGAAUAUUCUAGGAUCAGAUCAAAUUUAUGUGAGCUACCCACUUCCUAUAUAUCAAACAAUUGUCAAAAUUUAAAUGUGGCAGGUCUUCCAAAACUGUCAAAGGAUAGCAGUGAUUUUGUAGAUUGUCUGAAAAGUGUAGGUUCUUAUGAACAUACUUUGAAAUUGGUAGACCUCAAUGACCACAUUGAAAAUUUGGGAAGUAUGCAGGUAAAAAAUAAGGAAACUUUUGAUAAAAUUAACCCAAACAAAGUAGAUGGUUUGAGAUAUGAUAGAAAAUUGGAUUCGAGAAACCAUCUGAAAACCAAUUGCCUUCAUACUAAAAGUCCUAUUAAAAAUUUACAAGAGCAAUUAAAAUACAAUCACAAUGAAAUUUAUAUUGACAAUCACUGCACAGACUAUAAAAACCCAAAAAUUCCUGAGAUAAAUACGUCCAACUGUCGAGAAUAUUGUACUUUAGUAGAUUUAAAGUUCCACAAUUUAUCAAAUGAGAGACCCUUAUGUUUUGAUACUGGCACAUAUUUUGAUAAGAGAUGCGAUACCACAAGUAUACACGAGCAGUAUAAUAGUGAGGUAGAGUACUUGAGAGAGAGGUUGAAAAUGCUCCACAAUAAUUCUUAUAGCAACUAUAAUAGUUUCACCAAAGUUGAUAAAUGUGUUAGUACUGUUGAUCCUAUACCAAAUUAUAGAAAUAGUGGAAGCAUAACUAAACACACUCCUGCAAUUAGAAAUAAAAUGAAAUGUCGAAUUCAGUCUCCUCCAUUGAAUAGAAGGAGAAGUAAAAUUUCAGUCAAAACGAAAACCAAAGGAAGUGCCAAUAACUUCAAGAUCAAGUCAAAACCAACAAGUAGUAUAUCUACAAGUUCGAAUUGCGCAGAAAGUGACUAUAGUGGUUCUGACAGUGAAAAUGAGACUAACUUAGGUGAAGAUGAUAAUGUCAGUGAGCAGUCAACAGAUGAGAGCAACAAAGAUUCUGCAAAUGGGAUUUUACAAGUUGGUUCACAUGAAACAGAUGUUGAAGAUGCCGUGCAGUGGCCAGUUAGAUGUAGUUUAUUUCCGCACAUUCCACCUUACAUUUGUUUUACUUCGCAUGACUCCGAAACAGAAGCUAAAAUUCCCAAUGGUAAAAAGUUCCUCAAAUGGAAGUUGAGUACCAUUACGCCAGUUAUAGUUAGGAAAACUUUAACAAAUUCUGGUUUUGCGUUGGUUAGAAGUGAGUUUACGAGAGAAUCCAAUCAGUGGCUAGGUACAUGGGGAAAACACAUGAAGUCCCCGAUGUUUAGGACAUUGAGAGAUUAUCAAAAACUCAAUCAUUUCCCAGGAACAUUUCAGUUAGGAAGAAAAGAUAGAUUAUGGAGAAAUUUUCAAAGGAUGAUUAGUAGAUACGGUCAUAAAGAAUUCGGAUUUCUACCUCAUACCUACAUUCUACCUCAAGAAAUUAAAUUGUUGAAGCAAUCGUGGGAAUUCAAAAACGGCAGCGGUGGUGAGAUGUGGAUCAUCAAGCCUCCAGCUUCUGCACGGGGGGUAGGCAUUAAAGUGAUAAAUAAAUGGUCCCAACUUCCAAAGAAAACUUCCAUAGUUGUACAAAAGUAUAUUUCCAAUCCUUAUUUGAUAAACGGAAGCAAGUUCGAUCUCAGGCUGUACGUUGUGGUAACUAGCUUCCACCCGUUGACGAUAUACCUCUACCCAGAUGGAUUAGCAAGGUUUGCCAGCGCGAAAUACAGCGACGAUGCCAAAGAUUUGAAAGAUAGAUAUAUGCAUUUAACAAAUUACAGUAUUAACAAACUUUCGAGCCAGUAUACUGCCAAUGAAGAUGCAAAUGCUUGCCAGGGUCAUAAAUGGACUCUCUCAAAAUUGAUGGAAUAUCUAGAAGAAGCUAACAUCGAUACCACAGCUUUGUGGAAGAAUUUAAAGCAAUUAGUCAUUAAAACAAUCAUAGCCUGUGAAGCCCCUAUAGUUCAAUUAUGCGAAGAGAAUAUGAAUAAUAAAUAUAACUGUUACGAACUAUUCGGAAUAGAUGUCCUCUUGGAUGAAAAUCUCAAGCCUUGGUUACUAGAGGUAAAUAUCUCUCCUAGUCUUCAUAGUUCUUCUCCUUUGGACUCUCAUAUAAAAGGUCCCUUAGUUCAAACUCUCUUCGAAAUGGCCCAGUUCCAUCUACCUCGGAAGUUACAUCAAACAGUCGGCGAUGCUCCCCAGUGUUUCGAUCCAAAAAUCUACACGACCAGUUUGAGCAAGAAGGAGAGAAAUAAGCAUGUUACCUUCACCCAAUACGAAAGUAGGCAGGAUUACUUGGAGGACAUUUUGAGGAACUUGACGGGGGACGAUGUUCGACAUUUGACCAGGGCGGAAGACGAAUACGUAGCUAAAGGGAGGUUUGAGAGGAUUUUUCCGAACGGAGAGUCUCACAAGUAUUUACCUUUCAUUGAGGCUAGGUAUUACAACAGGUUGUUUGACGCUUGGGAAGCAAAGUAUGGAUCACGGAGGGAGGAAGGAAUCGAACUCCUUCGAAACCUUUGCGCCCAAAAACUCCAUCUAAAGGUAUCGUCUCCGAGUACGUUCAGUAAGAGUUUGCCGAAUAUGAUCCAUUCGGAUACCAAUGCUCAGAAUUUCAAAGAGGAACUGAGUCACCCUCUAGAAGACAUCAUGCAGAAGGCAACAAUUGAAGUUGAAAAUAUUUGAGUUGAGGAUUUACUAGGUGUUGGUUGUGACUUCUACAUGGGAUCAUCCGAUAUCUCGACAGCAUUUACUGCCAUCUUCCGUUCUGUUCAGGGCAAUAGAAAUUUUUGUUUUAGGUCUAAUAGUAUUGUAACUAAAAUUUCCUUACUGUACUGUAAAAUUGAAGUGGAAAUCAUUGUAUAGAAAUUUCUGUAUGAGAUUAUGCAUUUCAAGUAAACAUUUAUUUUUUAAAUU